UGGGCUAAUAAGUUAUCUAAUAAGGUAUAGGGCCCAAAUGUGUAGAGACUCAUGGGCUUGACCUAAUCAAUGAUGGGUUGAUUAGGGUUAAGCACUCUCUAUAAAUAAGGAGUUAUGGUCCCUAGUUGAACACGUCAUUCCGUCUUUCUGCAUCUCAUCGCUAGAGAGAUAAUCUCGAGGGUGUGUAUCAACUAGAAGACGCAAACUCUAGCCUCCGUCUCCCGGAUCUCUAAAGGUCAUCUCCAAUGGAGUCAGUCAACAAUUCUGCUGCUACAAUAUCUGCUAAUAUUAAUAGCAUCCCAUUGCUUAACGGCACGAAUUUUAAGGAAUGGAAAGAGAACGUUAUGAUUGUUCUCGGUUGCAUGGAUCUAGACCUUGCACUUCGGACUGAGAAACCCGCCACUCUUAAGGACACAUCUACCCUUGAUGAAAAGAGGGAGAUGGAGAGGUGGGAACGCUCAAACCGCAUGAGUCUAAUGAUCAUGAAACAUACAAUUCCAGAAUCAUUCAGGGGUACAAUGUCUAAUGAGCCUGAUGCCAAAUCGUUCCUUGCCGAACUUGAAAAGCGUUUUGCUAAAAACGAAAAGGCGGAAACUAGUACUCUUUUAAGCACUCUUGUUAUCAUGAAGUAUAAAGGCAAAGGGAACAUAAGAGAGUACAUUUUGGAAAUGUCUCACAUUGCUUCAAAACUAAGUGCACUAAAGCUCAUUUUACCUGAGGAAUUGCUUGUGUAUUUAGUUUGGAUCUCUCUUCCUUCUCAAUUUACUCAAUUUAAAGUCAGUUACAAGAUAAGACUGAAAGUGCUCAUUUGGCAUCUACCUCUAAGGGCAGCAAGAAAAGGAAAAUUAAGGAAGCUGCAAAUUCAGGGCCUCCCAGAAAGCAUCAUAAGGAAACUAAGUAAGAAACUAAGAAAUAUGGAUGCUUCUUUUGCAAAGGGACUAAUCACAAGAAAAAGGACUGCACUAAGUACCACGCCUGGGUGCGAAAAAGGGGUUGCCUGAGCUGCUGAAAACCAAUUGAUGGUGAAAGAUACAUCUAUGUUGAUGAUGGCAAGCGGGUUGAAAUUGAGGCUAUCGGUGUUUUUAGAUAAUUAUUAAAGACUGGUUUUUAUUAGGAUUUGAAAGAGACAUUUGUUGUGCCGUCAUUUAGACGGAAUUUAAUUUCUAUUUCUGCAUUGGACAAAUUUGGUUAUUCUUGUUCAUUUGGAAAUAGUCAGUUCAGUCUAUUUCAA